UAACACAUAUUCAUCGAAAAAUCAGAUUUAUUUCGCUAAAAUAUGAACAAAGGAUGGCUGGAGCUGGAGAGCGAUCCUGGCUUGUUUACCUUGCUGAUCGAAGAUAUGGGUGUGAAAGAUGUCCAGGUUGAAGAAAUCUAUGAUCUUCAAAAGGCAAUUGAAGGGACUGCGUAUGGGUUCAUUUUCCUGUUCCGAUGGAUUGAGGAAAGAAGAAGUCGACGUAAAACAACAACGGAAGAAGAAUCGUUUGUACAGGAUGAGAAUGUUGUCAACAACAUUUUCUUUGCACAACAGGUGAUACCUAACUCCUGUGCCACCCAUGCCUUGCUGAGUGUGCUGCUGAACUGUGAUGAGAGAGUCAAGCUGGGGGAGGCUCUGUCUAAACUGAAGGAAUUCUCCAGAGGAAUGGGACCAGAGGAUAAAGGUGUAGCCAUAGGAAACAUGCCAGCUUUAGCUUCAGCUCACAACAGUCAUGCAAGACCUGAGCCUCGUCACCCACCAGAGAAGCAACAGGGAUUGUCCACGGUGAGAACUAUGGAGGCCUUCCAUUAUGUCAGUUAUGUCCCCAUUAAUGGCCGGUUAUUUGAACUGGAUGGAUUGAAGCCUUACCCUAUAGAUCACGGUCCAUGGGAGAGAGAUGAAUACUGGACAGAGAAGUUCAGAAGAGUUAUCACAGAGAGAUUGGGCAUGGCCACGGGAGGAGAGCCCUAUCAUGACAUACGUUACAACUUAAUGGCCGUGGUCCCAGACAAACGGUCUCUAUACGAACACAAACUGGCCACACUGAAGACUAAUAGACAGAUAGUUCUGGAGACGUUACAACAGAUGGUCAAAGUGACAAAUCCAGGUCUGACGUCAGCGGACAGAGAUAAAUACCUGGCCGCAGUGAAGCAACAGGGAAAACUAGCAUUUAAGAAUGGACAGGAACCAGUUCAGAGGACCAGUACAGACACAAAGAAACAGGAAACAGCCUCAACAUGUCCUACACAAAAUUCUGAGCCUGCAGAGGAAAUCAUUUGUGUUGAUGAUUCAGACAGUGACACUGCAAGUAAACAGGAAAAUGAAACUAAAGUGGAAAGUGAAAGUAAUGUGGAAAGUGAAAGUAAAGUGGAGAGUGAAAGUAAAAUGACUGAAGAAAAUAAAAAGCUUGAGGUGCUUUCAAAUGUAGAGGAGAAACUAAGUGAGGAACAAGAUCAGAAUUCAGAAAGCAAAGCUCCAGUGGAAGACAAGAAAACAGAGGGUAAUUCAGACAUUGUUGACAAAAGCAAGAUUACCAUGAUGGAAGAGGGAGCUUCAGCAUCAUCAGAUCUUACAAAGCCCUUGACAAUUGAGACCAAAUUCCCAGAAUCCACCACAUCCUCGGGCCCCGGGAGUGAGAGUACAGACACAGCAUCAGAAGUGGGCAGUUGUUUUAGCUCCCCCAACAGUGGCUUCAAUUCCUGUCAGAAUAGUCCCCAGACAGACAAUGACGGGACCGCAAACAAAGAUGGCCAGUCACAGCCCACAAGACACAAGAGAAAGUUCAGUGGAAACCAGCCAUUUACACCAAAGGAUCUAUUGGCUUUGUUAAAAAAUGUGGAAAAUGAAAUCAAGCUGUGUGAAGUGAAUCUCAAGGAUGAAAUAGAAAAGAGGAGGAAAUAUCAGAUCGAUGACUGUAGAAGAACCCAUAAUUAUGACCAGUUUAUCUGCACAUUUUUGUCCAUGCUGGCAAAGGAGGGACAUUUGGCAGACCUUGUAGAGAAACACUCAUUGAUCAAGAAACGACAGACAAGCCUGAGUCUAGGGCGGGUGUCAAACAUCAAAACAGCAGCAGAGAGGAGGCGGGUCAGAACCAACAGGAGGCGGUGACAAACAUCUAAAACUUAAUCUGAUUGGACAGUUUGUUAUUGGGUGUUUGUUUCAUUCAUGAUUGGCAGUUUGACUUCAGUUGUGACAUAAUUUAUGUGUUCAGAUUAUUUCAUGUUGUGAAAAGAAAGAUGGAGAAAGAGUGCUGAAUAUAUGACUGCUAGUUUAUGUGAAUUUAUACUGUGUUAUGGACGAUAUCAUUCCUGUAUGGGUGUAAUAUGAACAUUAUUUUGGUGUGUGUGUGAUUGUGUGAAUAAUUUUCAUGUUUUUAACAGAUGAGUAUCUUUGAUAGUUCAUUAUUGCAUUUUAAGUGUCAUACCUGUAUUCCAUCCAGAAUUAUGAAGAAAAAAGAUUAUUAACAUUUGUUCAAAAUUUUGCUCUUUGAAUAGUGGGGGUAAUUUUAAAUCUUGUAUAUGAUCAUAAUAAAAGAUAAUGUAUUAUAAAGGCAAAUAUUUAGUCUGUAAUUUGCAGAUGUACAAUGUAUGUAAAUAAGCAAGUAUAUACAUGUUGUUAAUAUAUGUACACACAUGUAUAUAUAAGCAUUUGGUCUAGCUAAGAUUUGAUUGUAACACGGUACAUACGGAAUCUCUCAUCUUUGACCAUACAUGUAUUUGACCAAGAAAUAUCACAGAAAUGUGACAUUACACUUUAUGCACACAGAUGUUUGUUGUGUUUAAUAUUUCUCCCUCUGCAUUUCUUGUAAAAUUUGUUUUAAUAGUCAUUUAUAUCGGUGUGAGGGGAGGAGGCAAUCUUUUGACACUGAUUUGUGUUAUUUGAUGCCAUUGUCUUAUAAUUUUGUGCAAUACAUUGCUUGUGUUCAUUAGGCCUUUAAGAUUUACAUGUACCAGUUUGCCCAGUUAAAUAAAUAUGCAUAUACUGUU